UUGAUUUUCUUUUCGUCUCUGGCUUCGAUUAGGGUUAAGGAUUUGAGGCGAAACUCCACACAAGUCUUCAGUCGAUCAUGGACAUGUUGAAGAAGAGAAGGCUCGACGAGAACGGCAACGGCAUCCUCAACGACGCGCACAUUACCCGAUUGACGCCGCACGACGCGAGGAAGCUCAUCGAGCGAUUCUCCACCGAUCAGCUCCUCGACAUCUUACAAAACGCCGUCGCUCGGCACCCCGACGUCCUCGAUCUCGUCAGAUCGACCGCCGACGCAGACAUCACGCAGAGGAAGCUCUUCAUCCGCGGCCUCGCGGCGGAGACCACGACGGAAGGUCUCCGAUCGCUUUUCUCCAGCUACGGAGAUCUCGAGGAGGCGAUCGUGAUCCUCGACAAGGUGACGGCCAAGUCGAAGGGGUACGGGUUCGUGACGUUCAGGCACGUGGACGGAGCGAUUCUCGCGUUGAAGGAUCCGUCUAAGAAGAUGGACGGGCGCGUGACGGUCACGCAGCUCGCGGCGGCUGGGAAUCAAGGUGCGGCCGCUGCGGCGGCUCAUGUUUCGGAUGUGUCGAUGAGGAAGAUUUAUGUGGCGAAUGUGCCGGUUGAUAUGCCUGCGGAUAGGUUGUUGAAUCUGUUUUUGGCUUAUGGGGAGAUUGAGGAAGGUCCUUUGGGGUUUGAUAAGGUUACUGGGAAGUCUAGGGGGUUUGCUUUGUUUGUGUAUAAGACAUCCGAAGGUGCUCAGGCGGCACUUGCUGAUCCUACUAAGGUGAUUGAUGGGAAGCAUUUGCAGUGUAAGUUGGCUAUAGAUGGUAAGAAGGGAAAGCCACCAGGUGGUGGUCCGGGUAAAGAUGUUGCUGCUGGGGCUGGGAAUGGUCACGGUCAUGGUAAUGGAAUGGGUGUGGCUCCUCCUCCUGGACCUUAUGGGCCAGCUGUUGGUGGACCUGGUGGGAUGGGUGGUUACAAUGGGUACUCAGGAGGACCACCACCGCAUCAUAUGAACUCCACACCAUCAUCUAUGGGCGGUGGACCAGGUGCAUAUGGAGGUGCGUAUGGAGGUCAUUAUGGUGGAUACGGUGGUCCAGGAUCUGGGGGUUAUGGUCUUGGUACGAGUGGUCCGUAUAGAAUGCCACCAAGUUCGAUGGGUGGUGGUGGUGGUUAUCCUGAGAGUGGGCACUAUGGGCAUUCAUCAGGUUCAGCAUAUCCUGGGCAGCAUCAGCCUGUUGGUUCCUCCACAGCUCCGAGAGUUCCUCCUGGAGGAAUGUACCCCAACGGUCCACCACAUUACUGAAUGGUUUGUUGACAGGGCGAAGAUGCUUUUUGUGCUUAUUGGUGAUUACGUGAUUGCAGCAUCUUUAAAAAAUCUCUGGAUUGAUGAAUGUAUUACUGCUUUGACAUCUGUCUCUCUCUGCACUUGAAUUGAAUGUGCCUUGGCCUCUGUAUGCCUAGUUGCUUUCUAUGAAUUUGAUUAGACUAGGAUGUCUUCCUGUAUUUUAUUUCUUUCAUAGACAUAGUUUGCAGAUUUGGUUUCGUUUGUCAAUGUCAGAUUAGUGAACUUUUCUUUAAUAAUUGGUGUAUUUGUCUCUCUAUCUAGUUUCCUGUUUACUCUUUCUUUACUCUUCUAGAACAUUGACAACAAGGUUCUACUUGUCUGUGAUCAAUAAAGUGGCACUAGAAGGUUUUCUUUGUGAAUCACUUCUGAUUGAUUGAUUCAUAGGUUAAACUCAAAACUUCUGAACAUGUGAUGCUUUAGCAGCUUGAUAUUCUGAGAAUUGUACUCUGCCCUUUCCUGUUUGCAAACCAGACAUGAUAGAAGUUUUAUAUAUGACAGAGAAACUCUGCUUCAAAUGAUAAAAAAAUCUAAUUUAAUUCCUCGUGGAUAUGUUAUUACCAAAAGAAGAUCGUUUUGAGGUUUUAUUUCUGAGAUUUGUCCUUUUUCGUGUUGAUAUGAGGCUCUUUUUGGAGUGUUUUAUCUGUUAUCUUGUGAUAUUUGUGACGAUUAUUUCUUUUUUUUUUUGUGGUCACGUUUUACGAGAAGUUUGUUAAAAUAUUCUGUGAAUACAAAAGACUUAUGAUCUGAUCACUCGCUUCUUGACCACAAAAGAGACUAGUCUUGUGUGUCAUUGUUAGGAUAAAUCUGUCGACAGUCCACACUAACCUGUGACCACUUGGGUCUUUUGUUUCACUGUCCUUUUUCGUUUCUUCCUUUUUUUUUUUUUUCUCAUUUGUCGAUUUAACGGUGCGACCGAGGAGCUGCGGCAAAUAUGGGAAGACCGAUGGCGAAA